AUGAGCGUGCUUUUAGAGACCUCCCUGGGCGACAUUGUAAUUGACCUGCUGGUCGAUGAUGCACCCAAAGCGUGUGACAACUUCCUGAAGCUAUGCAAGCUCAAGUACUACAAUUUCUCGCCCGUCCACAGCGUCCAAAAGAACUUCACCUUCCAGACCGGCGACCCGCUCGGUCCUGACGCGCCCGAGAGUGAUGGAGGUUCUUCAGUGUGGGGUCUGCUGGAUGGACCGUCGAAGAGAACAUUUCCUAUUGAGAUAUCGCGCAAACUGAAACACUUGGAGCGCGGCACUGUGAGCAUGGCAACCGUACCCAACAAGAACGACCCCGACCAACGACUAGCCGCCAGUCAAUUUAUUAUUACACUAGGAGACAACUUGGAUUAUUUGGAUGGGAAAGCUGCAGUAUUUGGCAAGGUUGUCGAGGGCUUCGACGUCCUGGAGAAAAUCAAUGAGGCCUUCAUUGACGAUAAAGGUCGACCACUGAAGGAUAUCCGGAUUCGUCACACUACUGUGCUUGACGACCCUUUCGAUGACCCCCCAAAUCUGGUUGAACCGCCGGAGAGCCCGGUGCCCUCCAAAGCGCAAUUGGCCACGGUCAGAAUCGCGGACGAUGAGGAGCUGGAUGAUGAUAUGGACGAAGAGGCUAUGGACAAGCUACGUCGCGAGCGCGAGGCCCGCGCCCAGGCAUUGACUUUGGAGAUGGUGGGCGAUCUGCCCUUUGCCGACGUCAAACCACCAGAGAAUAUUCUUUUUGUUUGCAAGCUCAACCCCGUCACACAAGAUGAGGAUUUGAAUCUUAUUUUCAGCCGCUUUGGAAAGAUCUUGUCUUGCGAGGUCAUUCGGGACAAGCGCACUGGCGAUAGUCUACAAUACGCCUUUAUCGAAUUCGAGGAACAGAAGGAUUGCGAACAGGCCUACUUCAAGAUGCAGGGUGUUCUGAUUGAUGACCACCGUAUACACGUGGAUUUCUCACAAAGUAGAGGUGGAUUCGGUGGUGUAGCAGAUCUUGAGGCCAAACGCCAGUACCGAGAACUGGACGACGAGCCUUCUUACGAUGAGGGCGAUCCACGCUAUCGGAUGAUGUUUGACAAGCGAAACAAGACCGAGAACGCUCCACCUGUGCGCUCACCACCCCGCGAGGCUCCACGAGAGGCGCGCUCAGAUCGCAAUCGCGAUCGUCGGGCCCGAGGCAGUCGAAGUCCCCGUGGUCGAGAUGGACAGGACCGGUACCGUCGUCGGUCUUAUAGUCGUAGUCCACGGAGAGACCGUGAACGAGACCGAGGCCGCUAUAACCGUGAUGGUCGUGAUCGGCGUGACCGACGACACUAG